AUGUUCUCAACACUCCUUAUUCAUACCUGCGGCACUAUUGGAGGCAGGUCAACAACGAUAACCCUCAAAGUCUCACCAUCAUUCCCUGGUGCCAUCUGGUUUCGAGAGCGUCGCGGUGAGCCAGCUCCCAAGACCUGGGACUCCAAAGACGUCUCCAAAGCCAAUGGCACAUUGGAGCUUUCCCUUCUCGGACGCAUUGCUGAAGGCCGUAUUGGUGUGACACACAUCGCCAAAGUCGUCUCCGUAACGCAUGGCCCCCUGGACCCACAAGCAAGGCUUCCAGACACCGUCUGCCUCAAGUUUGCCAAACCAGAGUUCAGUCGCAGAAGCGACCGAAUUGAAGAAACAGAUAGCCCUCCUAGCGACAUCGACGAGUUCCCUUCGCCAGACUGGCUUGCCGACGACGUGCCGCCUUACCCUGGAGAUCUACCGAGCUACGAAGACCCAUCUGGAUACCAGAAGACCUCGUCAUGGUAUAGAUGGGGUCGCCCACAAGAAAAUCCAACGAUCAGUGUCAUCGUUCUCGAGCACCUGGGAGAGACGUGUACCGGGGACCGAGCUCGAGGGAACGACGUGCUAAUGGCAGUGAGAGAGGUCCUGGAGGACAUUGCUGAGCAUGGUCUUAUUCAUUCGAACGUUACGGCUUGGAACGCCCUUUCCCUCAGGGAUAGGGCGGACAUAGGGAAGGACAGGGGUAACCCCCGGGUAGCCGGACACCUACCCUUACCCCCACCCCCCAAAACCCCUACCCCUGACUGA